UUCCGUGCACGAGAAGCAAACGAUGGUACUUCCAGCCUCAGAUGCUUAUUGUCCGAGCGGGAGAUACGGAAUUCCAGAUCCCAAAGGAGAUCCUGCUUCCUCCCGGAGACACCAAGUCUCGCCUGGCUUACCUCGUCAACAAACCUCGUCCAGCCACAUCGUUCGUCGAUCUUCACGACAUCGACCCUAAGGCACUAGACGUGUAUCUCUCCCUCCGCUGCCCACAGGAUCUAGCGAAGGGCGAUGUCCACUCCGUCCAGGACUGGACCUUACUCCUCGAAUUCUCCACCUACAUGGGUUUAGACUCCGUUCGCGAGCUAGCAAUUGAGCGGCUCGACCCCAUCGCCAGCCCGGUCGAUAAAAUCGUCGAAGGAACGGCGUGUGGCGUCGACCGCUGGCUUGUUCCGAGCAUUACAGAGCUUUGUGGAAGGGAGAAGUUCCUCACGCUGGACGAGAGCAUCAGGCUCGGCGUCCGACGCGUUCAUCUCAUCGCGAGCGUCAGGGAGCGUAUCGCGGGAACCGGGCCUCAUUCGAAACGUUCCCGUCUGGAGGCAACCAGUAAGAUGGUUCAGGAGUCUUUGGGUGAGGGCGAUGAUAUGACGGACGUCCCGCGACCCUACGAACGGAAGUCUGCCGAUAAUGACUUUGCUCCUCACACUACUCCCAAACCAGACCCUAUCCCGUCCCAGAUCCCCGAGCGGCCCUCUACUUCGUCUUCAUCGCGACCCGAUAUACCUCUUCCUUCUCCUCCCGCCUCCGCUCCUCCACCACUCAACACCCAGUCUCUGCCAGCUAGGCCCCUCCCUCCAACCUUUCUAGAGACCACCACUGCUCAAGAGCCUUCCCUGGGUGUACGCGGCUUUUCUGAGAGUGGAGAGACGGAGUACUGGCCGGAGCGGAUUAAGGAACACAGGCAGGGGAAGAAGAAACGUCGACAGAUUCGCGCGGGUGCCAUGAACCAGCCGGGAGCUCAUCUGUGGACGAAUACUGGUGACGGUUAUAGCGAUUUUGAAAGCAUUUCCUCUCCAGACAUGGAUAUGUCCGAGUCCCGAGUCUCGCCGUCUCUUGCCAUCUCCUCUGAGGAACCUUUUUCGAAAUCGCCUUCUCAGUCGCAAAGCCCAAGGCGAAGUAAGAACUGGCAUUUUCACAGAAAUAUAACCAUCUACACGUCUGACAACGUGGAGUUCUGCAUUCCACAAGAGCUGCUCUUGCUUCCCGAUGACAAGAAAUCUGGCUUAGUCGCGAUGAUUGAAGAGGCAAUUCUCGACGACAGUUACUAUCUGGAACUUGGUAAUGUUGACUCCAAGAUUCUCGAGACCUACCUCUCUCUCAGGUGUCCUCAGAAUCUCGAGGACGGCGGUUUACGUUCGGUCCAAGACUGGACGAACAUUCUACGGUUUGCAGACGAGUUCGAGUUGACCACUCUACGCGACCUUGCCGUGAGGCGGCUCACUCCUAUCGCCAACGCUGUCGAUAAGGUCGUCCAAGGUCGUCUACAUGGAGUAGAGGAAUGGAUCGUCCCGAGCUUCGCCGAACUCUGCCUCAGGGAAAAGUUCCUCACACUUGAAGAGAGUGUGAAAAUCGAAGUACAGGCUGUGCAUCUGAUUGCGAGUGUCAGGGAGGAAACGAGGUGCUUGACAGCCAGUUCCUCCAUGUCUCGAGAGGAGCAGGUUUGCGGGUUGGUGACGAAGGCUUUGAAAGAUUUGUCGGGGUGGACAGGCGGUGUUGCUGCGAAGAAAGCUGCAGCGUCCCCUGUACUGGACAAGCCAAUGCGGAUCAGUCCAAACCACGUCAUCUCCCAGACCAUCUCUCUGUCCAAUUCACUCCCUCCCCUUGAUAUGUCUCCACCGCCUCGCCCUCGCCCAAACCUGAACCCAUUGGCAUCACCUUUUGUGCCUCCCCCGCGAUCUUGACCUCCCGUCGGACCUCGUCUGGAAAAGCCUGCUUGAUCAACAUCCAUCCUAGUCAGACUCCCCUCGCCACUCUUUCAGACCCCAUCAUUGACUAUCUCGCAUGAAGAUCACGUUAACACCGCCUUGAACGCGACAACUCCAGGACCUCUACCUGGCUGUCAGUAUUGGCCGAGGUCGAGAAUACGAGGACCUUUCAGGAUCAAGCCGCACAAGGAGAAGGAGAAAGGACUGAAGGAAUAUCGCAAUAUUUACAUUGUUGGGCUGAAUCUGCAGGCGGAGUCAUCGAGAAGCCGCUUUGUCGAAUGUGCAGAAGAGCGAUGUCUAAAACGACGUUUGCGAUGAUCACAUUUCGUAAUGACUGUGGAAGGGGAUAGUAUAUGAGUGAUCUGUGAUUGCGACUCUUUGGAGUUGGGACGUGGGCUCCAAGACGAGUCGUAGUGUUCUCAUUUAUCGGCACCAAAGUCGAUUCAUCUUCGC